GUUGUGUGACUUGUGUCGAGGGAUCGCUUCGUCUAUUUUCUUUCUCGCUUUUUUCUCAGUUUCAUCUCCGUAUCUCUCCCUUCUUCAACUCUGAUUGGGUACCGGAAACGCUUUUGUUUGGUUUCUGAGAAACCGAGGUAUUCUGCAUACUGCAUUCUUUCAGACUGUGGAGUUAACAAGGAAUUAACAGAAGAUGUUUUGCAGAAAAAUUGGGGAUGAGGAAAAACCUUCAUGUUUGAUUUGUUUUUAGAUAGAAGUAAGGUGUAGCAAUCACAUACUAGUAUACUACACAGAACUCACACUGCCUACCAUAUAUGAACUUUUAUUGAAGAAUCAGACCUACAAACAGCAAUUUUGAAAUGGGAGGUUUAUGAUCAUACUUAGGGAUUUAUCAGGGUUUAAGUUGGGGACCCGUUGAAUUAAAUUGUUGCAGGUUUUAGAAUUAUAUAGUUGAGUUGGUAUGGACGAGGACAGGGAUUUUGAGAUGUUGCUUUACAGUUGGAACACCAAAAAUCCAACUGAUCGGCUUUUCAUUAUAUCAUGUUGCAUUGCUGCCCUUGUUGGAAUUUUGACCAUAGCAUAUACGGCUUUUCAGUGGAGGAGAAACAUCAACCUCAGUUGGAUGAAAGCCAUAGCUAGAUCAAAGAAAAACCCCAAGGCCAGGCACAAAGUUCCUGUGGCCCCUCAUACUUGGACACUAGAAUCCGUAUCUCGUGCUAAGAAUUUAAACUGCUGUGUAUGUUUUAAGUCCAUGUCGCCCUCUCAAACGCUGGGUCCUAUAGUAGCUUCGGAUAGUUUUAUACACCGUUGUGGUAUAUGUGGUGCAGUAGCUCAUCUAAGUUGUUCUUCUAGUGCCCACAAGGACUGUAAGUGUGUCUCUAUGGUUGGAUAUGAGCAUGUCAUGCACCAAUGGGCUGUUCGUUGGACAGAUGUUGCGGAUCAUCCUGAUGAAACCUCUUACUGUAGUUACUGUGAGGAGCCAUGUAGUGGGACAUUCCUCAGUGGCUCCCCUAUAUGGUCUUGCUUAUGGUGUCAACGUUUGGUACAUGUUGAUUGUCACAGUACAAUGUCUAGUGAAUCGGGUGAUAUAUGUGAUUUAGGCCCAUUUAAAAGAUUGAUAUUAUCACCAUUGCAUGUCAAGGAGUUGAACAGGAACAUGGCAGGGGGUUUCUUAAGCACAAUUACUCAUGGGGCAAAUGAGAUAGCAUCUUCAGUUCGGGCAAGUAUUAGGAAUCAGAGCAAAAAGUAUAAGCAUGGAAGUGAACAAUCAGCUGAAUCCGAGAAUGGUGAAGGCACUGGUGAAAUGUCCACAGAAAGCACUGGUGAUUCUCAUCAAAUAGCCAAUGGUCACCAUGAAGUGGAUGAAAAAAAUAAUGGUGUCAUAAGUAAGGAGGCUCAACAUCAGGAUGGUGAUGUAGUUAAAAAGAUGGAUAGAAAACCCAGUCUUAAACGCAAUUCUUCAUUCAAUCUGAAGGAUGAGUUACUAGGGAUUAAACAGAAAUACGAGCUGAUUGAUUUGCCUCCGGAUGCAAGACCGUUGUUAGUGUUUAUAAACAAGAAGAGUGGUGCCCAGCGUGGAGACUCACUUAGGCUGCGCCUGAAUAUUCUUUUAAACCCUGUUCAGGUGUUUGAAUUGAGCUCAUCACAGGGGCCAGAGAUGGGACUUCAUUUAUUUAGGAAGGUGCCUCAUUUCAGGGUUCUUGUGUGUGGGGGAGAUGGAACUGUUGGCUGGGUUUUGAAUGCUAUAGAUAAGCAAAAUUUUGCUUCCCCUCCCCCAGUUGCUAUUCUUCCUGCUGGUACAGGAAAUGAUCUGGCUAGAGUUCUCUCUUGGGGAAGUGGAUUGGGACCUGUGGAGAGGCAAGGGGGGCUUAGCACACUGUUGCAUCACAUAGAACAUGCUGCUGUUACUAUUCUUGACCGGUGGAAGGUAUCUAUUAGUAAUACACAUGAGAAGCAACAGCUCCAACCGCCGAAGUUUUUGAACAAUUACCUUGGAAUUGGAUGUGAUGCAAAGGUUGCUUUGGACAUUCAUAAUAUGCGGGAAGAAAAUCCAGAUAAAUUUUAUAACCAGUUUAUGAACAAAGUUCUAUACGCUAGAGAAGGUGCUAAAGGUAUUAUGGAUAGGACCUUUGCAGAUUUCCCCUGGCAGAUUAGAGUUGAGGUGGAUGGAGUUGAAAUUGAGGUCCCUGAGGAUGCAGAAGGUGUUCUUGUUGCAAAUAUUGGAAGCUACAUGGGUGGUGUAGAUUUGUGGCAAAAUGAGGAUGAAAGUUAUGAUAAUUUUGAUCCUCAAUCCAUGCAUGAUAAGAUACUUGAAGUUGUGAGCAUAUCCGGGACAUGGCACCUUGGAAAGCUUCAGGUUGGGCUUUCUCGUGCUCGAAGACUUGCACAAGGACAGUCAAUUAAGAUACAAUUAUUUGCUCCAUUUCCUGUUCAGAUUGAUGGAGAGCCUUGGUCUCAGCAACCUUGUACAAUUUCCAUAGCCCAUCAUGGCCAGGCCUUCAUGUUGAAGAGGGCGGCUGAGGAACCUCUUGGCCAUGCAGCAGCAAUAAUCACUGACGUGCUUGAGAAUGCUGAAUCAAACAAUGUAAUUAAUGCCUCACAAAAGCGAGCGCUUCUUCAAGAAAUGGCACUGAAGCUGUCCUAGAAAGAACAUUUUAUCCUUUCAACCAGAAAUCAAAUCCAGAGAUUUUGUUGAAGAUGUAUGCUGGUAAGGAAGCACUAACGCCCUGAAUGGCCUUGUUAGUUGGAUCUGCAUUCAAGUUAUGAAUGGCUUUGUUGAGCUGCUGAGUCAUUUGUCUCCACUCGAAUGAGUCGUACAACUCGCUGCCAUUGUACUGAAAAUUGAGUCUCCUUGUAGGAGCCACUGGUGGUUCCUCCACCUCCUCUUGCUGAUUUUUCAUUGCAGAACCAAACAGCCAUUUUACCUUUGCAGCAUUUUUGUGAUUAAAAUCUCAGAAUGUCCAGUAUUUGAUGUGGAACAUAGUUGUCUUGCCUUGAAAUUAACGUGUGGUUCGGUGCGUUUUUAGCAAGUUGAU